AUGAAUCAGCCGAUUACGAAUUUUCUUCCUGUUUUAAAAUAUUUUCAACCUUUCAUUCAACCUGCCAGAAUGAUGAAUCAGGAACCACCAACAAAUCCACAGAUCCCAACUGAAAAAUUCAGCCUUUUACAAAAUUCGAAUUUUGCAAUUCCUUUGAUCCGAAUCGCCAAAACUGCCGAUGAACAGAACUCUCCAAAUGAUGGUUUUUGGAAUAGAAUGAAGAAAACUGUAUGCGGAAUGUCAUUUGAAAUUUGCCGAAGACGACCCAACACUAUUAAUCCGGAGAAUGAGAUCGGAAUAGAACCAGUUAUUCUUGUACCAAAUGUCCGUGUGGAUCCACCAACCCCUGUGAAUGAUGACGCAACUGCUCCCGAAGCUCCAAAUCCAAAUCCAGAUGUAGACACUACGGAGGAAACCCCAAACAAUAUUAUUCCUGGACGGGCCAUCAAUGAUAGAUCAAUUCGAUAUUUGAAAGUCCCGAAGAGAAAAAGGAAGAAGAAGAGGACGCCAACACCACGCCCACCACUUCCACCUGGGGAUCAAUUUCCUCCUAGAGAUGAACAGGAGCCAUCCACAGAUCAACCUGGAACGUCAGCUCAAUAA